UGACCACAUGUCUGACUAAGAUCUUGUUUUUUUUUUAUUAAGCAUUUUGUAGAAAAUAAAAUUAUAGAGUAAAAAAUUCCGCCACAGAGUGAACCGCCAUGAGUUUCCAGAAUAAGCUGGAUGAGUUCACCAGGAACUUGGACUUGGCUAAGUGGUAUAUGGGAAUCUCGGCGAAGCAGGAGGCCACGAUGUCCACCAUGUCGGAGAGCCUCCGGGAUGACUUCGAGCAGGGAACGGGGGAAAAGAUGUUCAAGGCACUGAUAUCCCUGGGCCUCCAGCCGGUGAUAUCCAAAAAGAAGAUCAGCCGGAUCGUGCAGUUGAGCAGGAACAACAUACUGGCCUUCCUGUUCUUUGUGAUGGAGGGCUACUACAAGACCAAACAAAAGGACGGCGUUUACAGCAUUAAUGAGCAACUGAUAAUGAAUGCCAUUGCCAAGAUCGACAUGAUGCCCACCAUUCGUGCUCUGGACCUUGUACUGCCCCAGGCUCCGGUCAAAAAACAAGACCCCCAAACUCAAUCGUUAGCUUCCCUGACCACGGAGCGCCCAAAAAAGAAACCCUCCAAGAAGUCGCCCUACUUCCUAAGGCAACCGAAGCCGGUUCAAAGGACCUCCCGUCUGACAGCGAAGAUUCCCGAGUUUGUCGUGUCUUUCAACUUCUGGCCCAUCAAUGGACCGCCCGAAUAUGGCAUUGACGAUGAGGAGCCUUGGUAUGCGCUCUACCGACUGAAUCCCGGCCAGCGGCUGAUCAAGAAAACCCUCUCCGAGACCCUGGAGCGCUACUUUAAGUUGGCAGUAGUGGAGGGGAAGCAGGAUGAGGAGGAAAAGCAAAAAAGUCGGGAGCCCGAGGCCAACAUGUGCUUGGUGCACAAGGGUCAGGUGUUGCAGGCCCAGCUCCUGAGGGAUGAACUGGCGGUCAAGGCGAGGGAUCGCUGCCUGGAACUCCUCGAUGUGAACGAGCCGUACGCCAAACUUCGAAAGGCCAGAAUCGUGGCCCAGUUGGAGCACGACAUCGAUUUAAUCAUGGCCCGCCACCGGAACGCGAUGCACUGCGACCAGACCAAGGUGCUGACCAUCGAGAACUUCGACUGCGUGCUGUGCCAGCAGAUGCUGGUAUCGCAGCCCUGGCCGGAAACCAAGGGUCAGAUUGAUCGGGCUCUGGUGGGCGAGGAUAUCACCGUGGCUCAUACUGCCGCAUUCGAUACUUACCGCGGAAAAAGGCUGGAGGGUGGUGCGGACAAGCCCAAAAAUAAGGAUUGCACAGUAGCCCGCACCAGUGGAAUCGAUACUUGCCGUGGAAAAAGACUGGAGGGAGGUGCGGAGAAGCCGAAAAUUAAGGAUUGCACAGUACACAAACCGCCUGCAGAAAAAGGACGCGGAAAAAGGCUGAAGGGUGGUGGAGGAAAGCCGAAAAAAGACAAGAAGGGGAAAAAGGAGAAAAAGGCUAAAGUAGUGGAACCGGAACCAGAACCUCCGAAGAAGGUGAAGGUAUCGCCAUGGAAGCCACCGCCUCGCAAACUCGUUAGCGGCCCCUUCCGGAUCCACAACAUCGACUUCAACGAGUACACACACGUGUGUAAGCAAGUCGUUGGUCCUACGGAGUGCGAUGUUCCUCCGGCUCCCAAAAAGUCGGCCGUAUCCUUUAUCCUGGCCAAGGGAAAGAUCGAAGGGAAGGCACACAAGUGCGAUAUGCGCAUGCCCAACAACAGGCAUGUGAAGACUAGGUUCUUCCGAGGACCCCGAUCGAACAAGCCGUACCAGUUCAAAUACCACCGGGUCUUCCAAUCCGGCCAACCGAAACCCUUUGAUCUCAGUCAUAUUAUGGCCAAGUCUUUUGUGAAGGCGCUGGAUCAGUCGGAUGAGGACGAAGCAGAUCCUUGUUACAUUAAGGAGCUUUUGUCGGAGAUGGUCAUUGAGGAUGAGGCGCCUCCGGAUUCCAAGUCCGAAGGCCAUCCGGAGCCCGAGCCGGAGAGGAAAACGUUGGAACUCUUUAGUGAGCUGGAUCAGAAUAAGAUCUCCGACAGUCGAGAGACCUUGGAUCGGUCGAGCAACCACAGUGGUCGCAGCCACGUGAACUACAAGGCGGAGAUCGUGGAUGCAGUGGUGAGAUGUGCCAAGGCCGUUUGGCAGAAGCGGUCCCUAAUAAAGCGGGCCGAGAUGGAGCGCAUGGGCAGAAUGACGCCGCGCAAGGCACUGACCCAUAAGGAUACGGAAUCAUUCGAUCCGAACGACGCCGCCCAGAUGGACAAGUUGCUCAAGGAUGGCAUGCGGGUACUCAGGAAGGAGCCCCGCUAUGUGUUGGCCUGUCUCCCGGAUGCCCACAAGUUGCCAGUGCUGCGGGAGUGGGUCAAGAGGAGGUACGGCAAGACCUACAGCCAGAAGGAGCUCGAGGAUAGUAUAGCCGAGUCGAACAGGAUAUUCGAACUGGUCACCAUCCUCCAGAGCAGUCCCGCCAGUCCCGAUCUCAUGGGCAUCGAUCGUCUGCCCAGAUCCAAGGAGAACUUUAACUUCUAUAAGCAGAUUAAGAAUACGGCUGCCCUGGCGAAGCAAACAUAUCACGACCAGUUGAAUGCCCGCUACCUAAACAUCGUGAGCUCCGCCUGGUACGCCAUGGGUAACUAUCUGGUGCCCGGAGGACCUCCUCGCAAGACCUUCUUCGCGUACAUAGCUUCCAAUCCGCUGGAGAUCAUGCGUAACAAGACGUGGAAUGGGGAUUUCCGGAACUACCGCUCCAUGCGCGACAAGAGAAAGGAGCAGGAGAGGCUUUUGGGCAAGAAGGACUAGAUUACAAUAAAUUAAAACUCUUUUGCAA